AUGCCUAUGCAAGACGCACCGAAGAAGGCCGCCGCCAAAGUCCAGGCCACAACUGGUAUUGGCAAGCAACAACAAAGUGAGCUUGGCCCCAAUCAGCUCUUGAGUGAACAUAUGGAUGCCACUGGCAACCCCAUUCCCGAUGCUACCUGGGGUAUCAAGGCCAAGAAGCCUAACGACGUGCUCGACGAUGAAGCAGAUCUCUACACUGCCAUGAACGCCGAGACUGCCGACUUUGAUUAA